CUCACUGCAACACGCUUGCACGAUCUACACCUACACGUACCUCUACGCCCGCGUACACCAUCAUACACGCGUUUUCCAUCUCUGUCUGAACCUCGCGCCAACUCGCUGUCCUCUCCCUCCUGAUCCCACCGACUCCCCCAUGCAAUGUAUACACACGCGUGCACACACGAAACAUCGCGGCGUGUACACACGGGACAAAGACAGAGACUACCGUGCCGGCACCUACUAACGGAUAAGUGCUCUUCCAACACCGAUUAAAACACGCCGCCGGCUAGACACGUGCCCGCUUCUAAACUCGUGUGUGCUCCUAUAGUAAUAGUACCGGGAUAGCUGAGGUCGAGGGAGAACGAACGAGAGUUAGCGCGCUGCCGAACGGUCCACGUUUCCCCGGUGUGCGAAAACCGCGUCGACGUUGGUCAUCUUCGUGGAGAACAGUGUUCCGAAAACGAAAAAGAAAAGAGAAAAAUACGAACGGUAUUAGAACACGAAAGGGAUGGCACAGUCGGGGAAUCGUGAAGAAACCUCGGCGAACGGUACGAUCUCUUCCGAAGAAAAAAGAGAAAAAGAUAAAAGGAAGAAUAGAAUGGAGAAACCGGGGGGAGGGGAAAUUAAAAAAAGAAAAGAAAAAAGGAAAGAAACGGGAGAACCGUGAAGAAUCUCGGUAUCCGUCGGUGUGAUCGUGUCCGCUUGGACGAUUUGCAAAACCCGAGAAAGGAAAAAGUGUGUGAGAGAAAGAGUACGAGGAGAGAAGGGGGAGGGGGGAAAUCGGGAGGAAGAGCAAGCGAGAGGCGUAGGGAAGUUGGUAGGGAGAUAGAGACGGAAAGAAAGAGACGAAACGUGUACGAGCGAAAGAGUUAGAGAUCGUGGCAUAAGAGCGAGCGAGGAAGAGAGAGCGUGCUGAUCCGCAAAAUACGGUCUCGUUACACUAUCGUCGGUGUUGGGUCAUCUAAUCGCCUCUGAAAUUAUCGUCUCGCCAGUACAGAGUGACGAAACACGCUCUCUCCGGGAGCAAUCAGUUUUCGAGGGUACUGGUUUCGUGGUGCUUGGACGAUCUCGAGCCGCGCGGCGCAGAGUCCUUCGGAUGCUGAUCGUUCUGAUCGUGGUUUGUUACCGAGAGUCCGUGUUCCGUUUCGUUUUCGUGUGUCACGUUGAUCGUCGCCCCCUUGGUGUAUACACGCACACACACACACACACACACAUACACACAUAUAUACAUACAUACACCCACACACACACACACAUAUACACGCGGACUCGUUGUCUGGUCCGACCGAUCGCUACCGGGCCUGGUCAAGGUGAACAUUGCUGACGGGAGGAGAGAAAUUGCGCGAUGAUCGCGGUGCUCGUGACCGAGAGAGAACGGCCCUCGUGAGAUCUCAGCCAGCGAUGAUCGUACGAGAUUCGCGACCGUGGUGCCCGUGAGACGGUUCCGAACGUCUCAUUCUACUUAAACGUUCUCUCUUGCGUUUUCUUGUGUAUACGCGGUAGAGUCGCAAUGUUUAACGUGAUCGAAUGCCGGUCGACGUCGAUAUGUUUGGCCGUGCGGGUGUUUGGAUCGGUUCGUUUGCAUCGACUGCGCGAUACGUGAACGAAAUCAGUGAUCAGUUGUUCAUCGAACGCCGCCGGUCGAUCGUGUGCCAGCGAACAACGCUCGUGGAAAUGGACGAUCCUCGUAGUACGUUGAGAAAGAGAGUUCUGUUUCAUCGCGGUUGUUCGAGUGUUCUUGUCGCUGUUCGAUUGAACGACGCCGACGACGAGGAAGCGCGCUCCACGUCGUUUGAAUAUCGUGUUGCGCUUACGCUACCUCGGGUCUCGUGUUCGCGUUAAAUGUCCAACCGGGAGUUUCCAGCUUGUAUUUCGUAGCGAUGAACGUUUCGAAGCGAGGUAUUGUACUCGGUGAUCUCGUGGAUCGUUUCGUCUUUAGGAUAUACGCGCGAAGUUUCGUACCGCCUAAAAUCCGACUUUCGCGCGAAGAUACUUGCUCCAGCGAGUAUUAAUCGUCUACCUAACUCCGCCGUUGUCGAUCGUUGGACAUUUAAUGUUUUCGAGCAGACGAGGAUAGUGCGUGGUGCAUCUGACUGCAAGGAGUCUCGAAACAACCUUCUCGAUAAAACCUUCUCGUGACCGGUAAUUCUCUUCGUUCGCUCCCUCCAUUCGAUCUAUGAAGCGUCGAAUUGUAAUCUAGUUUCGCGAAAAAAAAAUACAACGAAGAGGCAGAGAAAAAAAAUACGAACGAACGAAGAGAGAGAGAGAGAGAGAGAGAGAGAAAGAAAAGGUUUAUCGCGAUAUUCCUCUUUGGCGUCGUCAUCGAAACAGGAUCAUUUUCGCCGGUUGACAUGACGAGGAUAUCGCCAUCGCUCCGCUAACCCGGCUCCCCGACUUGGACCAGCAGGACUACACAUGAUCGGUCUGUGGAACUUUGCUUAUUUCAGAGAUACUGGCGCGCCCUACGUAUUAUACAAGGACAACAUGGAGAGACCCCAGGGGCAAUGGGGCCCCGGGCCGGGAUCUCUCCAGGACGGGGGACUGUACCCGCAGCAACAGCAACAACAGCAACAGCAGGGCUCCUCCUCGUCCGGCAGUCCACAGCAGGCCUGUGGUCCUCCUGUCGAGGGAGAAAGCGGUCCCCCGCCUUCGUUGGCCUCUCCCGUGCCCUCACCGUACCCCUCGGCACCGCCUGAGCCUCAAGCCUUAACCCCACCUGACGACGAUAUACAAUCGAAUCAAGCCACCUCUCAGCAGCAACAACAACAACAGCAACAACAACAACAACAACAGACGCAACAGCAAGUUCAGCAGCAGCAGCAGCAACAACAACAACAGCAAGUUCAACAGCAACAGCAGCAACAACAACAACAGCAGACGCAACAGCAGGAUCACUCGCCUCAACAGCAACUAACGCCUCACGAGGUGGAUCGCAGCGAUUGCUUCCCCGGCGCUGGAGAGUUGCAGCAAUAUCCACAGCACUAUUUCAAGGAUGCCAGGCCGCAUCCGUCGCCGUCGGUACCCCCGCACAUGCUCACCCCCGGUGGCUUCUCCGCGUUACACUAUCUCAAGCAACCAGGCGUCAUGCUGACGUCCCUCGGCCAGGGUGACGGCGGACCCAGUUUGGAUGCUCACCAAUACGCAAGUCCCGGGGCGCCGAACAUGGCGACUGGGUUGCCGGAUAUCGUGCAACAGAGCGGCAAGUCCGGGAAAGGGGCGAACAGCGAUCUACGUUUGUUCAAGUGUCUGACGUGCGGGAAAGAUUUUAAGCAGAAGUCGACGCUGCUUCAACACGAGCGGAUCCAUACGGACAGUCGGCCAUACGGGUGUCCAGAAUGCGGGAAGCGGUUCAGGCAACAAUCGCAUCUAACGCAGCACCUGCGCAUACACGCGAACGAGAAGCCGUAUGCUUGCGUGUACUGCGAGCGUACGUUCCGGCAGCGUGCGAUCCUCAACCAGCAUCUGCGCAUCCACUCGGGUGAGAAGCCAUACCAAUGUCCGGAGUGCGGAAAACACUUCCGUCAGAAGGCGAUCCUGAAUCAGCACGUCCGCACACACCAAGACGUGAGUCCGCAUCUGAUCUUCAAGAAUGGAAUGACGCCAACACUCUGGCCGCAGGAUGUUCCAUUUCCACCGGAGGAGGGCAAGGAGGAGGUGGCAUCGACGUUCGGCGACACGGACACACAGUCGGGCGCGUUCAGUCCGGCGCCGGACGCGAAUUCCAUCCAGUAUCCCGCUUACUUCAAGGACCCGAAGGGCGGGAAUCACGCGGUUUUCGGUGCCGGCGGCGCAGGUAGCUUCGGUGCUCUGCAGUAUAUCAAGCAACAGGGCGGUAGUAAGAGCUGUUUACCGGACGUGAUACAGCAUGGUCGCUCCGCGGGGAUGCCGUUGUACGUGCGAUGUCCGAUCUGUCAAAAGGAAUUCAAGCAAAAAUCGACGCUGCUGCAGCACGGCUGCAUACACAUCGAAUCGCGACCGUAUCCUUGCCCGGAGUGCGGCAAAAGGUUCAGGCAACAAUCGCACUUGACCCAACACCUUCGCAUUCACACGAACGAAAAGCCGUACGGCUGUGUUUAUUGCGGCCGCAACUUCCGUCAACGUACCAUCUUGAAUCAACAUUUGCGCAUUCAUACCGGCGAGAAGCCGUACAAGUGUCAACAGUGCGGCAAAGAUUUCCGUCAGAAGGCGAUACUGGAUCAGCACACGCGCACCCAUCAGGGUGACCGGCCGUUUUGCUGUCCGAUGCCAAACUGCAGGCGGCGUUUCGCCACCGAGCCAGAGGUGAAGAAGCACAUCGACAACCAUAUGAAUCCGCACGCGGCCAAGGUGCGUAGGAACUCGAGCAGCGACUCGAAACCACCCGGUACACCGGCUGGUUUAGGCCCUGUCCCUGUACCUAGAGGUCUUACGCCGACGGUGGUGAAGCCGGAGCUCUAUUUCCCGCAAUGUUACGCGCCCGCGUUCAAUCAUCAGCCGCCAGUGUCGACGGCGCAGUUCCCGGCCCAGGCGAACGGGGUAUCCGUUGCCGGCGAAUUCAAACCACCGACCGGUCUGCCGCCGCAGUGACUAACCGUCCAUCCUGCCGCCUACUAGCAAGCAGGAAUACCGCUGAGAUUUCAGCGAUGCUUCGGUCACGCGUUACAAACCGACGCCGUCGCCGCCGCAGCCGCCGCUUCAACGACGUCGAGUGCCGCGUCGCACCGAUGCAGCCAGCCGAUCCAGCAACACUACCCGUGACAUUUAUCGUGCAUUUACUAGGCUCUUUCUUUUCGUUUCGCAGUUCGCUUACUUUCCUCGUUCCAUUGCUUCGCACAGCCUCGGAACGCGUCGCCAGCUAGUCCUCAGCUCGACGGUGAUCGACACCGCGACUCGUUCUUAGCUCUUCGAUCUAUCGUCUCUCUUCGUUUCUGUAGUACGAUUUCGAGUCGAGAAACGGACUGUCCGCGUGUGUGUAUACGUGUGCGCGUACGUUUCGGUACAACACGUUCGCGUACGUCGAUCGUUGAACGCGUUUACUCUUAUUACCAAUAGACUGUAUCCUCGUCCGACUAGUGUGGUCCGUUUCUACUUGUGCGGUCCCAACCUGCUAUCCUUCGUUACGCGAACCAAUCGUAAGUAAUCGCGAAGCUCGCCAGCAACCACAACCUCACACAAUGGCAACUUGUUCUUCUUUUCGAUCACUGAUCAUCGUUACCUGACGAAUAUACCGCGAUUCACCGGAAGCAACCGACCGAGACCGUGCAUCUACCACUGAUGUUCUACGCGAUUGCGUUCUAAACGCAAGAUGGAAAUAAGAGUAAGGGACUGUGUUAACUGACACGAACCGAGUCACGAACGAACGAGCUACGCGAUUAUAGAAAGGAGUUCGCGGAGAUACGGAGGUUUGGAUCGUGCAGGAAGGCGAGAGUCGUUGUGUCGUUCAUCGUCGAGCUGAUCACUGGCGCCAGAAAAAUGGUGACUCAACCAACGAAGAAUCUCGUCUAUUCCUCCCCCCCCCCCAUACGUAUUUUUUAUAUAUUAAUGAAUUAACGACGUACCUUCUCGCGUUUUUUUCGUCGAUAAGCGAAUAGCUCGAGAGAGUUCGGUGGUUCCGCGCGCAGGCAGGCAGGCCGUCCGAGGUGUCGUUCGUCACACCGCUCACACACACACAAACACAAACACACACAAACACACGCAUACACAGACACAGAGGCAGACAGACACACAAGCAACAAGUAUACGUAAAGCGAAACUCGUAAUCGAGACGUGUUUCGGCUAACACGCACGGGUUUGAGGAUGUUCGAUUCGACGACCAGAUUAGAAGCAAACAAAACAAAAAAAAAAUUGAUAACGAUUGUGAUACGAUAUCUAACUUGCCUAUGUUUAAAUGAAACAAAAAGAACAAAAAGAAAGAGAAAAGGGAAAGGGAGAAGAAGGAAAAGAAAGAGAUAUAGGUGAUGGGAGGAAGAUACGUUGCCUCGAGAGGGAGGUGAAUACACGACCACGAGAAGAAUGCCUGUAAAUAUGUAAAGCCGUUCACUCCGACGAACAAACAAAACCGAGUGGAGGAAGAGCAAAAAAAAAAAAUGUUGGAAUGGCGCGAAAAAGAGCGAGCAAGAGAGUGCAUGCUUGGCUGCGCGAACGCUGCGUGGAUCCGUGUGUGAAUGAGAAGAAAGGAGAGAGAAAGUGUUGCGAAUGCGUGAGCAAAAUCGAGGGUAGAACGAAGAGAGACGGAGAGUGUACGAGUGGGUAGAAUCGCUAAGGCAUGAGAGAAAUAGGAGAGAGAGAAAAAAGGCGAAACGAAGGAGGAAGGAGAAGAUGUGGAGAAAGGGAAAGAGCGGGAAGGUGAGAGGGCCAAAAAAAAAAGAGAAAAGGAGAGGAUAGACGUAUGGAUGAAAGAGAAGGGUGAGUGAAAAUGUGAAAUGGGAAGAAGAGAGAUUAGGUAGGAUUUACGAGGACGGCGUAUCCCCCCAGAGUGCUGAGCCAUAGCUUUUCGGGGUACGACAAGUUGACGAUGACGAUAGUUGCGCGAGGGGAGGGUACGACUCUUGUAUACUAUAGUAAUAUUUGAAUGUAUAUUUAUACGACAGGUUAUAUUAUUCUAUUAACUAUAAUGAUGAUAUUUUGAAUCGGUUUUAAAAUCAGAUUGGUGCUGAACGUAACACUAGGUAAGCGACACAAAGCAAAAGAAGAAAAAAAAAACGCGAAAGAGGAGGGAACGUGGAAGAAGGCUGAGACACCGUAGAAGUAGCGUAAGUAGGGUAGUCGAUAGAGUAGAGCACGAGAGAGAGAGAGAGAGAGAGAAAGAGAGAGAGAAAGAGGAGUAAAGCUGUGGGGGGAAAAAGAAGAGGAAUAAAAAAGACUUUCGUAGGACCCUCGUGAAGUCCGCUCAUCCGGAACUUAAUAAUAAUAAUAUUAAUAAUAACACUAAUAAUAAUUACUAGUAAUAAUAAUAAUUAUAAUUAUAAUAAUAACGCAAUUAUCAUCACAUCAGCCGGUGAACAGAAGGUAACGAACGGAAAAUAACAAGAACGGAAGUAAAACAGGAAGAAUGUUUCGUGGCAAUACUUAAGAGGAAAACGAUACGAAAUGGGGAGAGAAAUACAUACACGAACACAAAAGGAACACACACAAAAUAUUGAGGAAAUUUCAACGUACUAGAGAAUAGUCUUUUAAAUUUCUAUAUUAAGACGUGUGAUCUCUCUAAUUAUUGUACAUUAUAUAUAUAUAUAUUAUAUAUAUAUUAUAUAUAUAUAUUAUAAUGAUCUAUACCUAUAGAUGACGAGAUGCAUAAGUAUAUGAUUACGAUUAUACGUAUAUUAGGCGUUCUACAGUUAGUCUUUUAUCAUUUAGACACAGAGAUGAUCUGAAGAUGAAUAAUUGUGCGGCCAUAUUCUCUGUGGCCUGUUUGUAGUGCCUCGGAAUUGCUGCUCGCGGCAGUGAUUUGACCGUAUUUUAGGAUGGUAUAUUAAUAAUUAUAUUGAGAACUGCAAUUAUCGAUACUCUGAUACAGUACUAAAGGUGGGAGGAGCAAGAAUAAAGGAAGAUGAGUGGAACCGAAAGGAAAGAGGAGGAAGGGAAAAGAAAAGAGGAGAGAAAAAAGGGAAAAGGGUGAAAGGCGAGAGUUUAAAGGAACAGAAAAGAAAAGAAAAGAAAAGAAAGAAGCGAAUGAAUGAAGUGAUCGUGUCGUCAAGCGUCACGUUAAUCGACUCAUUAAAUUAUUAAAGAUCUACUUAUAUCGCGUUUACAAAAAUAGGUUAGCGAGAAAAGGAAAAAACAAAAAGAAAAAAGACGUGCGGGAGCGCUAGAAAUCGGGAAUUAGAAAUCGACGACGCUGUGAUCGUUCGCUGAUAAUCACUUUUCUUUAUUAUUUUUUUCUAAUAAUAUUAUUAUUAUCCUCGUUGCUCUCUAUUAACUUCUUCCUUAGUUGUUGCGUGCGCGUUAAAAAAGAAAACGAACAAGAACAUAAGGAAAAAGAUCAAAACGAAGGAGUAGGUUCUUCAGAAAACAUGAGGAAUUUUCCGUGAUUCACGAGUAUUAUGAUUGUUACGACAUACUAAAAUUUCACGGGACAGUCGAUCGUGUCGACGUCCCGAUCUUUUUUAGAUUCGCUCGUCCCUCUUCCCUUGUGCGAUUUUAGCGGGACUGAUCUCACGACGUUCCUCAUUUCGCGAUUCAAAUCGCCGAGUUCUCGGGAUGCUUAAAUUCGAUAGAAAAUCGCGUCGUUUGCCGACAUCCUUAUGCCUUCCUGAAAAUCUUAUUAAACUUUCUACAGAUCGUUUCAAAGUUCCGAAAUAUCUUGCGACUGCAACUGAUCGACAUCAUUUAAGAUUUAAACGGAAACCUCUGAUAAUCGUGAAAACUUUCCAGCGUCAACUGCAAAUCUUGUUUCUCUCUUCUCUUUUUUCUUUUUUUUUUUUUAUUCAUCGGUCAUUUAUAUUUUCUUUUUUUUUUCGGUUAAAUUUUCGCUCGUCGAAAAAUACGUGCCGCGCGUGAAAACAAUAAUUCAAUCUUUCCGUUUCGCGACAGAACGACAGGGCGAUUUCGCGUGGACGAGCGAAAUAUUAUUCGCCAGUGAAAUAAUAAUUGGUUUAUUAGGUGUUUGUCGAUCGACGAAUAAAAUGUGACCACACUCCAUCGAAAGAAAAUCGCUCAUUGAAUACGGUCGUUAAACAAUCGUGUCGAACAUCUUAAUUGACGCCGUUCCAAUUUCUCUUUAGGUUUUCGUUUCGUAUAACUCCGAAAUUUGAUUUUUUUUUCUUUUUUCUUUUGCUUAUUAUGUCGUUUCUUACACGAGUGGCGGUUCUGCACGCGACGCGAUUGGAUCAUUAGGUUUCACGUAAAAACUCGAUCGAAUUCUUCAAACGGGAAUCUUUUUUCAACCAUAUUUUUAACGCAUCUUUCGCAUGUUUUUUCUCUAUUUCGUCGAGAACGCGAUAAUAAAAAAGUAAAAAAAUUGUUCGUGCGAAUGGGAUUAAGAUCCUUUCGGGCGUGGCUGACCAUUUAAUUUUUUUUUUUUUUUGUUUUUCGCAGGGCAAAAGAAUAUAUCGUCAGGCCAGGGAAGAUUGUUUUCGAAUAGAAAAAGAUACUCGUUUUAGUAUGUUUGUCGAAACAGAGUUGGAGAUAGAGAAUAGGAAGAGACGAGAAAAGGAAAAAGAGAAAGACGACUAAUUAUUGUAAAAAAAAAAGUGUAGAUACGAACGAAUAUUUUCUUUUUUUGUUUUUUUACCAUCUGUUCUAACUCGUCGUAUUCAAUAUAACGAUAUAUCAUCUCGUAUCUUAUUAUUAUCGCCGUUAAUUAAUUAUUAUUAAGUUUCUAUCGCGAGAGAUUUUUGCAUACGGUGCAGUGGUUGGUAUCGUUCUUUCCUUUCUUUUUCUAAAUAGAGAUUUCCCUUCUCUUUUUUGCUGUCACCCUUCCACACUUUUUGCCGUACUUUUCCUCGUUUUCUUCUUUUUUUUCGCGACCCCCGUCGACUGUACGGAACGUUCUUUGAUCCUCAAUGUCCGACAUUGUUAAGACGUUUCCUUACGUCCUCUUUUUGUAAUACUUUUUUCUUUUUUAUACGGAUUAUUCUUUAUCGAAAUAAUUCCGACUACUAGUGCUUAUGCUUAUUAUCCUCUAAUCUCGCAGUCAAAAAAUCGGCCGUGUGAUAUAUACAUAUAUGUAUUUAUAGCGUGUCGCAGGGACGAAAGAAAUCCGAUUGAUUUUUAACUCUGUUUAAUCCUUUUAUAUAUAUAUUAUAUAUAUAAAAUAUUUUAUACCUUUUCGCGAAUGUACUUUUUUGCAAAAAAAGAAAACGAAGCGCGAUAGCCAGCUGAUCUGGCCCGAGACGACAGGGACGCGUUAUAUUUUUACUUUUAAGUUCCGUGUAUACGUGCCGGUCGCAGAACUCGUUGCGAACUGCUGCGAAACUGGUUCGGGUGGUUGGACGACGUCAGAACCUUGUGUGGUGCCAUUUCGAUCGACGAAACACUCCGACGAGCGUCGUCAGAGCGCGGAUGAAGCAAAGAAACGACGAAAAACAAAAAAAAAACACACAGAAAAAGAAAAAAAAGAGAAGAAGACGUAGAAGAAGAACGAAAAAAACGUAAAAGCAAGAGGAAAAGAAAGAGGGCGGAGGGGAAGUACUGUGAUAUCGAUUCACUAUAGCGAGAUAAAGAGACAAAAUAGAAAAAAAGAAGAGAAUGGAAGACGGAGCGCGGAGAACAAUCAUGAAAGCGUGUAUAUGCACACGAUCGGAUGAUCCACGAGAUGGUAUCGUCGUGCACGAUAAGCGUCGACGUAUACGAUGUUACGAUAAUGUUUAUUUAUAAGCGACUUUUCUAUUCUAAUGUGUACAGUAUGCACGACGAGUAAUCGGGUUCGUGGAUUAUCUGGUCUUUUCUCGCGUGUGUAAGUAUACUACGCGUAGAAUGGCCGACAGUCGGCCGGCUUUUUACCGAAUCGAACCAGAGGAAUCGUGAAACGUUCUUGCUUGCCUCUAUCGCUGGCAAAUAUCGCGGAUAGGGAACGGAUAGAAGAGAAAGAAAACGACGCGCGUCGUCCCGACGUCGAUCGAAUAACUAUUUCGCGAUAGCCGACGUCGUCCGGCCGCUCUUUUGCACCGACCAACUUUGUUAAAUAACUGUUACUGCUGCCUACCGCUACGAUGCAUUUAUUAUUUGUCAUUUUAUUUUUUGUCUUUUAUAUUUAUCACUUGUUGCACGUUUCAUCGAGAGAGGAGAGAGUGUGAGAGAAGAGUAAAUAUAUACGGACGCGAAGAAUGCGAAAGAGAGCGAGGAUGAACAAACAUGGAGAGAAAGAAGAAUCGAAUCGCGGAUACGGGUCGCAACGUUUUCUUCGCGACAGAGAACGCAAACGUUUCACGUCUGUAUACACUAAAUGGGAAGAACAAGGCGAUCUGUGUUUCUCCAAUUUUGUUUUAUCUCCUUUUUUUUUUAUUACUAUUACUAUUGUAAUUUUGUAAUUUUGUCUUACUACGUAUCUUUUUUCUUCUUUUGUUCUCGUCUCUUUGAAAUCUAAUCUCGGUUGUGUGCUUUCAAGACGUAGAGCCGAAGAGAGGCCGCGUUGGGCCGCGUCAUCCCGUGUCGUCCACUGAAUGCUCAACAUAGAUUAGGUUAUAAGCUUUAUAUAUUAUUACCUAUAUAACGAUUAAUGUAAAUUAUUGUUUUUUCUCUCCCUUUAUAAGACUCAGGGCUCACGACCCCGCAGACGGGGCCAAGCCUCGCGACAGGAUGACGCGACCUGGAACACCUCUCUUUCCUCUUUUAAUUCCUCUCUAGUUUUUACGCAGAUAACUCGUAUACUUCUGUUCGCGUUCGUUUUGUUUUUCACUUUUCUUUUUUUUUUUUUUAUAUAUCUAGAGAGAGAACGAGACACACCUUUACACGAAAUCUCGGUUUUAUAUGUACUAUUAAUUUAUAACCGGCGUACCAGCGAUUAAAUUUUUUUUUUUUUUCGUUGCACAAAGACUAUCACCAAUGCCACCACGACCACCACACACCCACUUCGACACACGAGAUCUCGCUUUCAAAAUUUAGCUUUAAAAUUUUCGAUGCGGACGCUGAUGCAGGUGCAAUACAUUACGGAUGUGCAUAUGUACACUUAGGAUCGUGCCGCGGUGCGUUGAAAACUAUGCGAGUUUUGCUUGAAAAAUAGUCGCUCACAUUCUAGCGAAAGAAAACAAAAAAAAAGGAAAGAAAAGAAAGAAAGAAGAGGAAAAACCGAAUGGGAAAAAAACAUGAAAGAAAAUGUCGGGAAAAAAAUUGGUCGCGAAAUCGCAAGCGGAAGACGCGUUACGCGUUACCCGUUUUUCCGCGUCGAUGUCCUUUUGUCUCGAAUGUUUCCGUGUAAUUGAAAGCUGGUUCGCGUUAACGUUACUUGUUCACGCGUAAUUCUCCACGUUUCGUAAGCUCGUUUGAACACGCGUGCUACUCCGUUUCGACGUGUCGUAACGCGGAAAGGAACGACAGACGCACGGCGAGACGAAAGAAAUUCGUUUCUCUUUGUUCCCUCGUUUGAGCCUUUUUAUUAUUAUUAUUAUUAUUAUUAUUAUUAUUAUUAUUAUUAUUAUUAUUAUUAUUAUUAUUAUUGUUAUUAUUAUUAUUACUCCUAUUAUGGAAGUUCGUUUCAACGCACGUUUUUUUUCCAUUUUGCUUCCAUCGUUCACAGGACAGUGAUCAAUUUUCUCGCGUGUACUUAGUGUUUCAACGCACGCGUAGCUCGCGUCUUAUUUAUAUAUAAAUAUAUAUAUAGAUUUUUAUAUGUAUACACGAACUCGCACGAUCGUAAAUGUAAAGAGUUUUAAAAACGUUAAAAAAAGAAAAAAAAAAGGAAAAAAAAAAAGGAUUACGGAGGAAGAAUCAAAUCACCGAAGUGUGCGCUUGGCGCCGGUGAUGCAUAUAUAUAUAAAUAUAUAUAUAUUAUACCGUUUUAUUUACGAUUUUAUAAUAUUUACACGAGAGCAGCGAACCACUGAGCCAAGACUGACCUCUUUGUGUUUCUCCUUAAUUCGUGCGCAAAAUGUUUCAUUUUAUUCGACAUGUGUUUUUAUCAAUUUUUUUUUUCUUUUUUUUUCUUCAAGACGACUACUUUAGCUCGAAAUUCUUGUGUUGUUGCAUUUUCUACCGUGUUGUAUUUUCUCUGUUCGAUCUCUCUGCGGUCACGGAUGGAAGAUUCGACGCUCGAUCAAACCGCCCACUUUGUUUUGUAUGAACGCACUGUGACGAGAGAGCGACGCACAGAGGAACAGAGAAAUAGAAAAAAAAAUAAUGGAACAACUUUCCUUAUAUUAAAAAAAAAAAGGAAAAAGACGAAAAAAAAUGCAAAAAAAACAUACGAAAAACAAAAAACUCCUCGCAAGAUCACAAUAAAUUUUUGAAUAAAAUCUAUUUUUUCUUAUGUACUCUCUUCAUUACGCUCUUCUUUUUCUCUGCUUUACAUUUUAUUUUACGUUUCUUUUCAUUUCCAAGCAUCUUGCAGCGCUUCUAUGCAACAUGGGCCACGUGAACGACAUCGCAAAUUUCAUUUUCCAUCCCUGCCCUCUAUGAUUUCUUUGUGUUUUCCUCUCCCCUUCGGUCGAGUCUAGGUCUAGUUCUCGUUGCUGUUCGGAUCACAUGCAAAGUUAUGCCGAGAAGCCAGGUUCCUAAUAAUAAUUUAAGGAGUGGGAAGAGCAAAAGAAUUCCAUUCCACUUAUUGUAUAUACUCGUAUAAAAAUAUAGUCGGUCACAAAAGUCUAGAUACGUCCCUUAGAUCUAAAAUAUCAGAACAAAGACGUUAGCCGUAGCAAAAUUUCUCGUCAAAUUUUGUAUUCGUUCAGCUUGGGCAGAUAUUUAAAAAAAAAAAAAAUAAUCCGAAUUAUUACGCUUAUUAAAAGGAAAAAGUGUACGUAUACCAGAUAUAAUUUCGCAAAAUGAUCAAAAAAGUAGCCUUAAUUAUGUUAAUACAUAUCUUGUACGUUCCCCGUGGGUAUCAAUAAUCGCUUCCAAUCUUCUUGGCAUUGAUCGAAUUAAAGGUUGUGCAAUUUCUCGUGCAAUUUCUUGUUUCAAGAAUUUUGUAUAAUAAUUUCUUCUGGUAAUACGUUAAUAGCGAGCAAAUUCGAAGUAACUCUGUAUCGAUACGUAAACGUGGACGUGUUUUAAUUUCCUUCCAUCACUCGAAUACACGAAUUUCGUUGAACGUACGUAGACUUUUGUGAUUGAGUGUAUAUUUUGUGACUGACGAAUGUCUCGGUGGCGCGGGCCCGAUUCACCUCGAACUCCGUCAGCUUCCAAAGAUACCGAUCAGAAUUCCUGUUCAGAUUCGAUACUCUCUCGCUCUUUGUAUCUCCUUCUUCAUACUCUUUCUCUGUCCCCAGUCUGUCGGUUCCAUUCCCUCGCCGCUCUAAUCCUCUACCAGGCCCGAUGAUGCAUCGUACGCCAUUCGACUCGUAAUUAAUCGAACGCCCGACCGAGCGUUCAAGAGCGUGAAUCAGGCUUCGCCAUAUAGUUAUAUACAUCGAGUAUUCUGUGCUCUGUAUUUUCAUCGUUUUCUCAAUUGUUACUGAUAUUCCCUCUUACUUUCCUUCUUUUCUUUCUUUUUUUUUUCUUUCUACACGAUAAAACUUAGGAAGUAGAACCUAGAGGCGUUGACAGAGAAGGAGAGACAAGCCCUUCUUGAUGAUUUUCAGAGUCGCUUACAGCUCACCGGUUCUUGGCUAGAGCUUUUGUCUCUCGCGAGAGGAAUACAAGGAAAGGAACAAUCAGUUGCGAAUAUAAUGAAAGAGAUCUCAAUAGACGGUGUCGAACCACUCGCGUUACUUUCUUUGUUUUCUCAGCCUGUGUUUCUUUCGGCUUGCACCGUUGUUUUUUCUUUCUUUAAUACCCAGACACACCAACUCGUUGUAAUCUCUGUACCUUAGUUUUUCGAUUUUAUUAAGUUUAUUCCAUAGAGAUUCGCUACGACGACGAACAAAGAGGAACGCAAAUAUAAUCCAGAGGGAAAUAAGGGGCCCAUCGACGCGCCGAAAUUAAUUUCGUCGUUAACCAAUCCUCUAACAACCUAUACUAAUUGUAAAAAAAUUGUAAAACGACCAAGAUUUACUGUUCUCGUCUAUCAGCUGACUUAUCAUUAUACCGUCGCUAUUGCAUUCGCAAUAAUCGGCUGUUUUUAAUCGCAUUUACUUGUCUUUUAUCACUGGCUUUCUCUUCGAUUUUCGAGGCAAUCCAUUACUAUCGCCAUUAUUGUUAUUACUAGUGCGCGAAUCGGCGUCGAAUAUCAAUUCACCGGUGGAAUAAAUUCGGCCCGUCGUAAAUCCCGGGUGGAACGAGCGGCUCGAAAACACAGUUCCAUCGCGGUGCAACCAGUUUUGCACGGCCACGUCAGAACGGCCACUUGUCAGAACGCGGGGUUCGCGGUCUUGAUUUGGAUUAUUUGCGCGGCGCGCGCACGCACACACGUUGCAAGCGACUAAGGCUAAUACGGUCUACCGUGUGUAAGUACACGUGGACGCGAAAGAAGACGCUAAACUCCAUUACGCGGAAUUGUACAUUAAAAUCUCUUGGCCAUGCGGGCGCAGAAGCCAUUUGCUUUCAUCGAGACCGAGUGGGCCGCAGCGGUUCUCCGGUCGAAACGCGGAAAAACGACACGGGCGAGCGUUAACAUCUCGUUCCCAUCGUGGAAAGUUCGCCGGGUUCGCUGCAAGUGUAUUGGAAAAACGAAAUCGAAGGUGGAUAACGUUUGAUGCGGUUUCAGAGCUUCGAGUAUACUCGCUCCAAGAGUAGAAGAUACGAAGUCGGUUUAGAGAGGUCGGAUUUUCUUUGAGAAAAUUAAUUGCGCAUGUGGGAUGCCACUUGAAUUUGUUCAAAGUUGGAUAAUUUCAUUCGUUCGGAGUAUAACACGAGAUCUUCGGUGUACUUUUGACUCGAUAAAAUGAGAAUCGUUAAUAUGGAAAUCUCCACUUUUCCAGUGAAAAAGUUGCCUUCCCUUUUUGGUUUUUGACUAAAUUACAUUAAGAUGACGAACGGUGAUGCAACAAAUGAUUAUACUCCGAGCUUGAUACGUCGUUUCUGAAUUGAUCUACGACAAUUAUGCUACAUGCGGAUUAUGCUACGUUCGAUUAUAAAUUCCUUCCUGUACGCUCAUAAUAUUGAGACGAUAGAUUCUUGAACUCGCGAGUAGCCAGACUGAUCAUACCGAUCGAAUAUCGAUCAUAACUGAAGUACGAUUAAUUCGCCUACUUGGAGACCAAGUUUCAUACAGAGAGGCCUCGUUUCUCGUUUCCAACUCAUUCUUUCAGGGAACCUCUCUAUUCCAUGAAACCAUCUAUUCCCCUGAAAAGGUCCGUUUGAAAUUCCUGAGAGGGCAGGCUGAAUUAAAAUUCGUACAGAAAACGGUUCGAAAAGAGGGGAACAAACUCCGCCGACGAAAUUCGAUCGAUGACCAUCGAAUGACUGGAAAGAAACACGGCUACGAGCCGGCCCAACAAAGCGAUGUCGGAAUACAGUGCCGAUCGAUCGAAAAGUUCGAGCGAUUCACAAACGCGCGCUCACGAGGCCGGGCAUAACGAGUUUGAGAAACUCUGCCGUCUGCGAGGAGGUGCGCGACUGCACUUGACUUUCCAACUUCACGACCGGCGCACGGCUACAAAAGCGAGUCUUUCCCGUCUGCGCCAAGUCUGCGCGAUUCUGUUACGCCGCGAGAAACGGAUGAAAAUCGAAAUGGCUCGAAGGUAUCGUGGAAUGGCAUGGAAUACCUGGUCGCGAAACAUGUAGCGAAAAAUUCCCAAGGAUUAAGAAACACACGGGGACCGAAUCUUCCUCUUCAAAUAUGAAAGAAAGAAAGAGAGAGAGAGAGAGAAAUGCCGUCUUUGUAUCUUCCAAAUCGAACACUGUUUCUCUUUUUGCAUCGUCUGUGUUUCAGGAGCGAUUCUAUCCUGGCGAACACCUGUUACGAAGAAAUUGCGGUGGAUUUGUCGGUCAGCAGGAGCGUUCUCUUUCGUAAAGGGGCAAAAAGAGGUACGGCUACUUGAUCGGAGAAAGGGAAUGGUUAAAUCGUAAGUUACGAUACUGCGGAUGGUUUAAAUCGUUUCGGUCGUUGCAUCUCGCUGCCAACGAUUUACUGGUAGUGGUAAUUAAAGUUUUAAAAAAGAAAGAACGGGAGUAAAGAAAGACAGAAAGGAGGAAAAGGAGAAGAAACGCGCAGAGUUUAAGGGUGACGAGAUAUGAUUUAAAGACGAUCGACUGGUGACACCGUAUAUCGACCUCCGACACACAAGGCUAUGGGUAUAAAAUCAGCGAACGAUAAGAGAGCGAUUCGAGGCGGGCUGCUAGUCGGCCAGAGCGAUGCGUUAAUGUUGUUAUUGCCAAAAAUGACGAGGAACGAGUUUACGCGGCUCACCGAUCGCCGUACCAUCUUAACCAGCCGUACACCGAAUCCGGUUAGACCGGUUCGGCGAGACGUUAGAUUUUCGCGUGAUCGCACUUUCGGUUUCUGAAUAUUGUGUCCUUGAAUGGAGUCCUGCUCGUCGGGGCCCCGGUGUGGCCGGCAAGGUGAUGCAAGAAUGAGUGCAGCGAAAUUCAUGAGAAGAAAAAAAUCGAGCGGAAAAAAGGAGGAGAAAACGAGAGAAAAAGAAGAAGCGAAGAAAUGAAAAAAAAAGAGGGAAGACGAGAAAAGAAAGAAACGAAAGAAAUGUCGAAGGAAGAGAGGAAAGAGAAGUAGCACCGUAUAUCGGACCGGUAAUUACGGGCCUUUACCGAUGUUUCGAUCGGAUUUCAUUGCUGGCCUGUCCCCCUUCGACGAUUACAUCGUGCCACACGGCUUCGUUUCGCCGAUCCAAAUUUCGAUACCGAGGAUUAUGCCGCGAUCGAUACGAUUUUAAUUAAACGGUCGAUAUUUAUCGCGUUAAUCGACCGACCCGAACAUAGAUCAUUCGAUCGAUGGUUUAUAACGAUCCUUCAACACGUGGAAUUUAAUUAGCAAACGGAUAACGAAUUUUCGACGGGAAAAUCAUGGUCACGCGUUCGGUCACUUCUUUCUGAAUCGGUGAACGCCGGUCUUUCUGUUCUCUCUAAUCGAUGUAUGAUUUAUUCGCGUCAUAUCGGGGAACCGGUUCUACCGAACAAACUGCUCGCUUCGAAAAAGGAAUCUAUUUACAGCGAUACAUCGUCAACGUUAAUAAAAAUGUCGUUUAAUUCUGCUACCAGUGCUCGAAUUUCUUAAGCAGAAAGGAAGAGCAUGAAAUAACUUUUCCCUUUGUUCAUAGCUAUAGAUCGAUUAUACAUAGAUUAUGGAUCUAAUCCGUGAGAAUACCGAGUCUCACGCUCGUUGCAAAAACUCUACCUCUGCUGGUUCUCUAGUUCUACUCGUGACAAACGUUCGUUUAGACUUUAAAACUUCGGCUCCGAAUCUUCCGGCUGAAAAUUAUUAAUACAAAUAGCAUAUAUACUAGAUGCCUAAACAGCUACUAAAGAGAUCACAAGGUUAGGGGUUAAAAUCCUUACACUCGCGUUUCGAUUAUCCUCGAAAGAAAUAAAAAGUCACGAACGAUCGAAAGAGAGGAGGUCGGUCGCAGCCGUGGUCUCACGCGGAUCGACCGUAUCACAGCCGAAUUAAUCCAUAGGUUUCGAAAUAGACGCGCAACGAGGCUGGCCAGGACUCGGUGCAAAACGUACGGCGAAGGAUGGGAGCGGGCGAGAGGCAUUGGUAUACGGCGCGAAGAAUGAUGGAUCGUCAUGCAUGCCCGAAAACCCGUCGGGACUCCACGCGGAUGAAGAAUGUUGCCCGGGGAAGAGAAGAAUCCAGCCGACGAGCGAGGCAACUCUCUCGCAACGAUAUCGGCAAUCGAAAAGCGGAUUGAUCGAGCAAACGAACACACAGCGUACUUUAUUUUUUUCUUCGCGAACGUCGCUCGAUUCCACGAUCUUGAUCGAUGGACGUGUCUCUCGUGGCAGAAACUCGACUUCUCCUCUUCCAAUUUGACUCUGACAUCAUCGAGAUUUAAACGUUCGAUCGUUGCACCGUCGCGAGCCAUUCGCGCGUCUUUCUAAUAAGCGUCGCGAUAACGAGAUGCCAUCGGGAGAGGUGCGCGCGCGCGAUAGCGCGAACUCUGUGAACCCUCGAGUCUGGAGAAUGGCCGAAAAACGGCGUAGAACGAGAAAAAGGAAGGCUCACGGGGCUCCCGACGAACGCGCUUACGCGCCGCUUCACGUGGGAGACCGACGCGACGACGACGACGAAUAUAGAGAGAAUCAUCCGUGAAACAGCAGCAACGGCAGCAGCGGCAGUGGUCCGCAGAAGAGAAAGAGGAUAGAACGAAUCGAGUACGAAGAAGAGCAGAGGAUGGCUGAUACGAGUAUGUACGGAACAAGGAGCCUCUACCGAGAAGGAGUGACGAGGAGAGAAGUGCGUGAUAAAUAUACGAAUCGGUCCGAGUGCAACGGAGAGGACGAUUAACCGGGAGGAAGAGGCGCGAGAACCGCGACAGAAACAACAAAAAGGGCUGCACAAAGAGAGAGUGAGAGAGUGAGAGAGAGAGAGAGAGAGAGAGAGGGAGAAAGGCUCGUCUGUCCUCUUCCAUCCGCGAAGAAACAGAAACGAAGCUGAAAACGGUGGAGCAGAGUGAGCAUCGGAGAAAAAAUCGCACGAUAAACACGGCACACCGGAGAGAGAGUCGAUAAUCGCGGAGAGGGACGAGACAAGAUUCACCGGGAGAAAGACUCUCUAGCGAUGAGACGGGGAGAGAAGGGAGAAGAGAAAGAGAAGAACGGGGCCCAUAAAGGAGAGACGAGGAAGGAGAAUCCGCAGAUGGAGAGGCAACAGAGAGGAGGGUCUCUCUCGCUGGGUCUCCCCGACUCAUAACUGGUUAACUUGGUGGGGGAACGCCCUUGACUCGGACUCUUGGUUGGCGGGGGAGUGGGACCAUGGUGCGGCCUUGAGUCGGCCCGUCUCGUUCUUCGACAGCGUUUCUCAAUCUCGCAGUCUCGUCGGGGGUCUGGCGACUCCGUGACGUUGCGCUCAGGCGGCCGAGAAAACUUGUAAUCGACGCGUGAGAGAGAAAGAGAGUGGAAUACUCUAUGGAUCGGAGUUGGAGGGAAAAAGAGAAAGAGAAAGAGACCCCUUGGCACACCGUCGUCGUCGGCUGGUAGGGCGCGGGUCAGGUGGCCGACAUUGUUUUCGUGACAUUCCUAUGCUAUUCGUGUUUUCGCGGUCACGUCGCUUCCCUCUCUCUCUUCCUCUCGUCUGGCUCGUCUCCGUCUUCUGGUAGACGACCACGACGAGAGAUGCAGAUCGAUCAUGCACACCAAGAUCUCUCUGUUUUCCAGCGACUCCGUGACUCACCGGGGACGAUCUAACCCUGCGACUCGCGCGGACAACUUACACAAAUAUACGUGUACACGGAUCAACGUACACCGUCGCUAAUGUAUACAAUAACACCGAAAAAUUCAACGUUUCUAGGUAAUGGCCGAGUAUAGUAGAAAAUUAGAGCAAUUUACGAACGACCGAAUCGUUUGAACGUUGACAAAUAAAAAAGAAAACGAAUGUGAAUAAAGUUUAGGACGAAGCAUGGGAGAGAAGUUGUCCGGCACACGGAAAGCUAAUCAUCCGCAGAUCGCCAGUCACGCGGGCCUCUCGAAACGAGUCGACGGGCUUAAAGAAGGGUUCAAGGUUCGUGAACUUGCCACGACGAUCGUCGCGACGGCUCUUACGAGCGGCCGGCCCUCAGGAGAGUAACGAGAAACUUUGCGGUGUACACGUAUAGCCGCUUCUGCCGGUCCGUGUGGUCACGUGAGUAAAAUUCCUUUUCGACGCAACGAAGAAGUCCAGGCUCGAAGGAUGUUCGUACGAGAACCGCGGAGAAAAAACAUUCCGAUGCGCUGAUUGCAUCUACCGUCACGCUGAACCGGUGCAUCAACCGGCGGAGGUGUUAAUCGGGUUACGAGUCUCCUUGAGAGCCCAACCAGAGAGGAACUGCGUCACGUUCGGACCAGACCAAGCCACCCAAUAUCCCGGAUGGAUAUUUUAUCGGAAUUUAUGGAAACGUAAAUGUCGAAAAAUUACUUCGUAAGAAGGAAAGCCAUGAUUUCCAUUAUCGUCGAUUAAUCUGGACCAAUGAAGCAAUUACGAUAAUCAUAGCCUUAGGAAAGAAAUCUCUUUAUUUUUUCUUCGUGCUCGUCAUCUUCCUUUCGUUUUUUCUUUCGCCGAAAGGGGAUGCAUUCAAUUAUAAUGAACAGCAACUGGGUCGAACGCGAUCAUGCUCGAGGAGAAACGGUUUUUCGCUUUCGCGGUCCCGAUUGCAAUCCCUGUCAUUUCGCGUGAUUAUCGCUGGAAAUGCGAGGGUACUUGCCAGCCCGGUAGAGACAGAUACGAUCGUGCAUCAAGCCGCGAAACGUGCUCGCGAGCAUGCCGGUUCUACGUUGAUCGAAGAGUGCGCAGCCGGUUAUUAUCGCGCUUGUGGAUGCUGGCCCGUAUUCGUUUGCUUUUUCGAUGCAGCGUGCCGCGCGCCGAUCGCCUUAAACGCGUCUUCUAGCAUACACGGGCCGGGCUAAUGUCCCGUGGUCUCGAGGUAGUCGUUCAUCGUCGUAGGCUGCCGAGGAUGUAGCCAAAGCGUACGGCCGAGCCACUUAAUUACAGUCAUCAGCUGGUAGCACGGG